UUUGUGGUUAUUUGCAGAAUAUGAGGUAAGAGAGAAACCGACUCUAAACACAUGGAUGCAAGGUGGAUUGGAUUACAUCACAUUACAGUUCUUGAAUAUUGAUGGAAUCCGCACCAUCGGCAGUGUUCUUGGCCAAAGUAUUGCCCUUGACUAUUAUGGGCGCCAGGUUGAUGGAAUGGUUGCAGAAUUUACUGACAUAAAUCGCGGGAUGGAAAAAACUGGAACUUUUACCAUGGAUAGGAAGAAACUCUUUCAGUUGGUAGGGAAGGCAAAUUCUAAUCUUGCUGAUGUGAUUCUUAAGCUUGGACUUUUUGAGAGAUCAGAUAUUGCCUGGAAAGAUGCCAAAUACGCACAGAUAUGGGAGUACCUUAGAGAUGAAUUUGAAUUGACACAGAGGUUUGCAAGCCUUGAUUUUAAAUUGAAGUUUGUAGAGCACAACAUUCGAUUUCUUCAGGAGAUUCUUCAAAAUAGGAAAUCAGAUUUUCUGGAGUGGCUCAUCAUUAUACUAAUCAGUGCUGAAAUUGCCAUCUCGCUCUAUGACCUUAUCCAAAGGUCUUUGUAACCCGCUUACACCAACUUUUGAAAUCUGUAUAUUUUUAUAGUGAAACCAGUGUAUGAGUCAUAUAAUUAAUGCUAGUCAAUUUUCCUUGUAAAUAAUUUCAGAUCAUCUUAUGAUUGGAAUAGGAUCACCCGCUCCUAACAUUGUAUGGUUAUCUUGUUUAUUCUUUUACUUCUUGAGUCAACGAUGUCAAAAGCUGGCUAUGCAUGCAUGCAAUAUCAAAUAU